AUGGCAGAGGAAGAUAUGACAACCUCUGGCUCCGCACGCGAUACUGGCAAGAUGCCAGAACGCGAGGAAUCCGAGGAUGGCACGCCCAGUCCUAUGCCGAUACCUACGCCGAAUCCUAACGGCAUGGUGACCAUGGCAGCAGCAGAUCUCAUUGCACUCUGCGAGCGACUGAUAUCAGCACGCGCGCCGCCACCUCCUCCACCUCCUCCACCACCUCCACCUCCUCCGAACCCUAUACCAGAAGAAGAUCCGAACAUGCUGGCUCGCGAAUACCAGAAGGAAGCGCAGGCCUCGUUGAACACAAAGUCCGUCACCACGUUCGAUGGCACCAACUACCAGACGUGGAAGAUGGCGUUCUUGUCGGAUGCAGAAGUGAUCGGUGGUGCAAAUAUUCUUAAUAAGAACCAACAGGAACCACCUGAAGGUUUAUCAUCGCUCGAUCAGCGAUAUUGGGUGAUACGUUCAAAACUUCUCUUCCGUCGCAUGUUGCAAUCCCUAGUAGGUUCUGUCCGUUUGACCAUGGGAUCCAUUCAACCCGACAACGCGGCGGCCCUAUGGAACAAGGACGGUGAUUACCUGGCGUACGUACGCCGAUAUCAAUACCUGUCUGCUCGCAUGCGACAACUAACGGAGGACCGUGGUGAGAACUACCUCCAUGAUUUCUUUAUUAUCGGCCUCCGAGAUUAUCAGAGGACCUAUGUUAAAUCACGCCUCGAUACGUUCUACGGGACGGGUCAGGGUCCGAUUGUCAACCUAGAUAUCAACGAUCUCACAAAACAAAUUGCUCACCGGAUGAGUAAAUCAGAGGGUACUGGACGCCCUAAAGCUCCAAAGGCCAACGCGGCCACCAAUGAUAAUGACAACACAACUUCCGCCGCAACCGCAAAGUGCGGAUACUGCAAGGUCCCAGGGCAUAUAAAGGCUAAUUGCUAUCAUCUGAACCCUGACAAAGCGCCCGAGUGGUGGAGGAAAGAGAAUAAGGAUAAUAAGGGCACUGACAACACUGAAGGUGCCAAAAAGAAGGGAAAGGAUAAGAAGAAGGACAAGGAUGACGACAAACCUACUGGCACCAGAGCGCCAGAUCUCCUUGCAUCGCAACCUAAUGCCAACGCAGCAAUUGCUUUAUCUACGUCGUCCGCUACAACAUCCAAACCUUGGUAUCUCGACACCUGCGCAAGCUUCAAUAUGACGGGUGAAAGGCACUCGUUGGUGCGCGCAAAGUCGUUCGAAGGUGAUUUAGAAAUUACUACCGCGGACGGUGGCGUAGGACGGGUUGAGGAGAUAGGUGAUAUCCUUCUAGAAUCAGAAGGGGGGGAUAUCUCAGUGGGUUACGUCCACUGGAUCCCCAAUCUAACAGUCAACCUUCUAUCCUUUGCGAAGCUAGAAGAUCAAGGCUUCAGAUACCAACUAUCAGAUACCACCCCUUCCUAUUUUACAAUAAGGGCCCCGAACGGUGCCAACUUCACCGCUGUUCGCACGUCCAAAGAAUCGGUCUACAAGAUAAUAGAACGAGAAUCUCAAAUAGACGUCCAUCACCCGUCCCAGGCCGUCCAUUUUAUGGCCAAAUCUUACAAUUACGGGGACGCAAUGUCGACAAUCGCGGGGAAACCUAACGAUCAACCUAGCGAUCGCAACCCCCUGACAAGAACACUCAUGGAAUGGCACGUCACACUAGGGCAUAUCCACGCUGGCGCGAUCAUUGCACUAGCGAAGGACCCAUCAUCCGGCAUCCGCAUCAAAGGAUCUAAAACAGGCUUCUUCUGCGAUAGCUGCGUCAAAGCAGGCAUGACACGCAAGUUCUCGCAAACUCCCAUGCCACGAGCGUUGCGAGCAAUGCAACGUGUUCAUAUCGACCUUGCUGGCGGUGGUCGUACGCUGGAUGAUAUGUCCGAUUACCCUAUCGAAUCUCGUCAAGGGACCAAAUAUUAUAUGCUCAUCACCGAUGACGCCACCCGCUACAGGUGGAUCUAUUUUUUACAUACCAAGGACCAAGCUGUCGAAAUUUACGCUCACUGGGUCCAAUUCAUGAAAAAUCUCGGCUUCACGCCACCGGCGCUAGUUAGGACUGAUAUCGAUGGUGUCUUUCGAUCUAACAAGAUGACAACAAUGAUGACCAAAGAUGGCACUAUCUGGGAACCUACUACGCCCCAAUCUCCCCACCAAGAUGGUGUUUCUGAGAGAGGAAUCCGUACGAUAAUGACACGCGCAAGGGCAGUGCUUUUAGGCAUGAAUAUACCGAAGAAGUUCUGGGCAGACGUUCUCGAAACGGUGGUUGCAAUUACCAACAACACACCAACAUCUACCACCCUGUAUAAUGAGAAAUACUGGCCUACCAACAACGCCGACGAAGCACCUGCGCGAUGCCCCUAUACGGUCCCAUUCUCAGCACUAACCAACGCCCCGCCCCAACUUCGCCAUUUUAGGGAGCUAGGUGUUGAUGUUUACGCGCACCUUCAUGGAUCUCAAAAACCUACUGACAAGCUGUCCGCUAGGGCAGAAAUUUUUAAACUUAUAGGAUUCCGUGGUAACUCAAUCUACCGCCUCUGGAGUCCUAUCCAACAGGUGGGGGUGGAAUGGACGUCCAUUCCAUUCAGGGUUAGAAAACCGACCAAUCAGAGCAGGGCAGAUUGGACGUACAUUCCAUUUGGUUUCAGACGUUGA